AUGGAUAAGAAAAAGGCGGCCGCUCACGCGGUAUCUUUCAAGGUCCUCGAGCCAUCCGAUAUCAGGCGCCAGCAAGAUGACAUGAUGAGCGACGUCAACCUGAUCCUUGACUUGACCAAAGAGGAUGCAGCCAUCAUGUUACGCCACUUUCGAUGGAACAAAGAAAGACUACUAGAAGACUACAUGGACCGCCCAGAAAAGGUUCUAGAAGCCGCUGGUCUAAACAGUACUUCUUCCACCCAGCCAAAACUACAGGCCGUUCCCGGCUUUGUAUGCGACAUCUGCUGUGAAGAUGAGGACGGCUUACAGACCUUCGCGAUGAAGUGCGGUCACCGCUACUGUGUUAACUGCUACCGCCAAUACCUCACACAGAAGAUCCAAGACGAAGGAGAAUCUGCCAGGAUCCAGUGUCCUUCAGAUGGGUGUGGUCGUAUCUUGGACUCGCGGUCACUCGACCUCCUCGUCACCUCGGAGCUGACGGUUCGCUACAAUGAAUUGCUCAACCGCACAUACGUGGAAGACAAAGAUACUUUCAAAUGGUGCCCGGCUCCGGACUGCCCUAACGCCAUAGAAUGCGGCGUUAAGAAGAAGGACCUGGAUAAGGUUGUUCCUACAGUUGAAUGCCUCUGUGGCAACAGGUUCUGCUUUGGAUGCGCAAACCCCGACCAUCAACCUGCACCCUGUGAUUUAGUCAAGCGGUGGCUGAAAAAGUGUGCUGAUGACUCAGAAACUGCCAACUGGAUCUCGGCGCACACAAAGGAAUGUCCCAAGUGCAGUUCGACGAUCGAAAAGAAUGGCGGAUGCAACCACAUGACAUGUAGGAAAUGCAAAUAUGAGUUUUGCUGGAUGUGCAUGGGUCUCUGGUCUGAGCACGGCACAAGCUGGUACAACUGCAAUAGAUAUGAGGAGAAGAGCGGAGCCGAAGCGAGGGAUGCGCAGACCAGAUCACGCACGUCUCUUGAACGGUACCUGCACUAUUAUAACCGAUAUGCCAACCACGAGCAGUCCGCUAAGUUGGACAAAGAUAUCGCGCAGAAGACUGAGAAGAAGAUGGUGCAGCUCCAGACCACAUCGGGCAUGUCUUGGAUCGAAGUGCAGUAUCUCAACUCUGCAUCUCAGGCCCUCCAGACCUGCAGGCAGACUCUCAAGUGGACUUACGCUUUUGCCUUCUACCUGGCCAAAACCAAUUUGACAGAGAUUUUUGAGGACAACCAAAAGGAUCUUGAAAUGGCUGUUGAGAACUUGUCCGAGAUGUUUGAGAAGCCCAUCAACGAACUAUCCGACCCGAAGCUGAAGGUCGAUAUCAUGGACAAGACAUCUUAUUGCAACAAGAGACGUAUUAUUCUGCUUGAAGAUACUGCCGAGAACCUUGCCAAAGGUAUAAUCAACGAAGCCUCCUGA